AUGUACCUCCUCCUCACCCUCCUCACCCUCUCCACCCCAACCCUCUCCCUCGCCCACCUCGCCCAACUCCCCCCAUGCACCCCCUCAACCGCCCCAUGCAGCCCCCUCACAACCCCCUGCCCCUCAUCAAGUACGCAGUGCGCAACACUGCGUUCGCACGGGUCCGUCGGGAUUGCCGUGUGUCGCGCUGGGAAGUGUGAGGUGCAAAACGCGUGCGAAUGUGCGAGUGAUGGGGUGGGUGGAGUGCGGUGUGUAGGGUCGGAUCGGGGUAGUAGUAGUAGUACUGGAGCAAUGGUGAAAAAGUCGAGGGGAAAGGGGUGCGAAAAGGGCCAACUAGCUUGUCUGGCGAAGAAUGAUCAAGGAAAGGAUGGAGCUGUUUUCCGGUGUAAUGAGCGGGGGUUGUGGAGGCUUGUGGCGGAUUGUUCGCAGUGGGAGGUUUGUGUUGAGGAGCCUAUGCCGCAUUGUGUGUGGCGUUGA